GUAGUCAACGUCUUGGACAGUCGUCGAGUAAAGUCGACACUGAACACGAAACCGUACAGAAAAAAAUUGUUCCUCAUCAAAAAGUUUCGAAGGACUAUUUUUAUUGAGAGGGUUGGUGUUUUAAAAUGAGGUUGACGGAAAAACAGGUCACAAGGACUCAUGCCGAGUACGAAAACCCAUUUCAAAGAUGGCCAGUCGCACUACCGAUUGUUUUGGUCGCCUUUGGAGCAAUCCUUCUGGCAAUGUUUGCCGGCUACAUUGUAUGGCGAAAGAGACGACGAGGAUCAGAAUGCGACGCACUGGCCCCUCACAUACUUGUCUAUCCAUCCUACCAAGGCGAUGCCGCCCCUCAGCUUAUCUGCAGACAAAUCGAUUUCCUCCUUCCGCAGAUGAGAAGGACUGAAUCGUUGGACGACCUCAUGCCUGAAGAAGAGCCGGCUCAGAAGGAGAGGAGGGCAUCCGAUCAACCGCCCCCAAUCAAACAACACAGAUCAAACUCUUUCAGUGGCUACGGUGGAAACUUAGGCGGCUUGGACCCAGCGCUUUACAGAAACAGGGGCGACUUGGAAGACGAACUUCAUUACCCGGAAGGACAUUUGGGACGAGUCUGGUUCUACCUACGCUACGAGGCCGGCUGCGAAAAGCUUUUAGUGACGCUCCUCAAGAUGAAGAACCUACCCAGCAGGACCGUCGGGACGGCCAAUGGUUGCGAUCCGAUCGUCAGGCUUCAUCUUGUCCCGAACGAGAGAAGGGUCCAGCAGUCGAGACAGAAGAAGAAAACUUGCAAUCCUUUCUUCGACGAGACUUUCGUCUUCCAGGUGUCCGAAAAAGAGUUGGCGGACCACUCACUGAGGAUGACGGUGGUUGACAGCGGACGUAACAAGCGGUCAGGGACGAUCGGUCACAUCACAUUCCCCCUGCGACACCUCGCCACGGAGCAUCCCAACGACCAGCUCGAACUGCUCAAAAUGGAUUUGGAGAAGGAGACAGAUGGUCCCUGUUCAGAUCUCGGAGAGCUCCUGAUUUCACUGUUUUAUAACGAAAACCUUCAUAGACUCACAGUUUCAGUGAUUGCUGCAAGAAAUAUUAAACUUCACGAUACCGGCAAAGACGAAACGUACGUAAGACUGACCCUGAACCAACACUGGCACACGGUGAAGGUGAAGAGGACGUCCAACGUCAAAGGAGCAGGCGAACCCAAAUACUCUCAGGGAUUCAAUUUCAGGGUGCCCCAGGCUAACAUCGACGUGACCAGCCUCUGCCUGCAAAUUUUCCAACCUCAGCAAGGAUAUGGGAAAGACAAAUCGAUCGGGAAAUGCGUCCUUGGGUCGUACAUGUUCGCCCGUGGGAAAGCGCUGACCCACUGGAGUUCGGCGUUUGCCAACCCGAUGGAGCAGAUCCAGAACUGGCAGCCGCUCACCGAGUGAAAGUCGGCCGAGAUCGCACCGAGACGAGAAACCACUGCGGCUCGAUCGUACAUCUUUGAUUUCAGUCGACUUGGGUGACAAAGUGCAUCUUUUCUUUUCAGAUAUGGGGCCAAGGGCCGCAGCUUAGCGAGUUUCCUGUGUACACAAAUGUUUCCUAUUUUGUGUGUAUAUUGUCCGAUUGAAUUGAGGUGAGUUUUUUUGGAGGGAAAACGUGGCCUGAGAUAACUAAUCUUUAUAUUAUGGUUGCAACUUUAACGUUAUUUUUAAUGGAUAAUAAAAUAAACAAAGAAAAUAUUUAUUCAUAUAUGUCAAUAUUUAUUUGUCUUCAAUGAUACUAAGCAUUUUUUCUUACAAAGUGCUGAAAACAUUCAAACUUUUGACUAUUUUAAAUUUUGUACUCAAGCAGUAAGUUGUAUUAAAUGUUUAAUGGCAUUUAAGUCCUCCACAUGCGAUAAGUCCUUGUUCUAUACAUUGUGAAUAGUACAUUGUGCAGUAAUAAAUAAAAUACAGGUACUACAUUACAAAAAUUUUGGAACCCUUGGAGGUUUCUUUUCCCCCGGAGAAUUCUUUCCUUUCCUGACGGAGUUUCCGUACAGCAGUUUAAAUAUAAACCGAGCUGUAAGUUUUUUAAAAUAAAAAAACUUUAAAAACAAGCACUGUUUGGAUUAGAAAAAAGCAAAAGACGUAUUUUAUCUUGGUCAAAAGUUUUCUUCAUUUGCACGAGUACGUGCUUCAAACCAAUUCCUAAAAUAAACCGAUAUAGUCCCAUUAAGUUAACACUAAAAUCAAAAAAUUCUUUUUUGCUUUUUUGGCAGGUCUGUGGGUUGUUUAACAAUGCAAACAAUAAAAUUUAUUAUCCAAAGUGAUUUAGUUUUUUCUUACCAAGUUGUCUUAGUGGUUAGGGUGUCCGACUUGUUUAAUAAAAAUAGUAUGAAAAAUAUAUUGUAAAGUGCUUUGACCCCCUCGUCAGUGACCCCCCAGCGUUAAGCCCCUAACGCCCGUGACGUAAGCAUCCUGUAAAGGCAGUAAUAACUUUAAUUUUUGCUAAUUACUUGAGUGUGACUAUUUAUACUUAUUUUCACCUAAUAUUUACAGUUCAAAGGGCCAUGUUUUUCUCCAAAAUAUCAAAAUCACUCUCAAAAACAAACACAAAUAAAAUUGAAAAUCCAUUGUUUAUUUUGUGGUAUUAGAAAAUUUUGUUCAUUUUUAGAAUUGCCGAUUCUAGAAGUAAUCGAAAUAUAAAAUAUAUUGAACGUAUUGAAAAAUAAAAGUAGUAUAAUCGAUAAUUGUUUAAUAGUUUAUUUAGAUUGAAAAGAAAAAAAAAGGUGUGAUAAGAGUCUUUGAAAAAGAUACAUUUUCGAUUUUUUCCUUCUAUGAAAUGGAAAACAAAAAGUGUUGUAAUAAAAGUUUUUCUUUACUAAUAAUUUGGACAAAACGAAUCUUAAUAAUUUUUUUUAUAAAAAAAGGUUUUUGACUGAUGGAUGUUUUUAAUUUUUUUAUAUCAUUAUUUAUACUGCUUUUCUUUGUGUCUUGAAAAUGCGUGGAUGGCACAUGUUCAGAAGAUAAUAGCUUAGCCAUGUAGCUUGUAAGUUGCAGCUGUAUCGGUAAAGCACCGCCGGGUUCGCCGGCUUAGAUUUCUAGCGGUUCUUAGUCACAGUUUGUAGAAUUUAUUUUAAUCAACAAUUAUUGCAAAAUU